GAUACGGUGGCAUGUACACCAGUGGAUGCAUUAAAACCAAGGACAGUCGAAGAUUCACAGCGGUCGUUCGCUAAGCAAGGCGUCACCAUGACUACAGAUGAAACCUUCGCACACAAUGGAAUCACACUAUCAGAACAAGCCAAUGCAACAAAAGCUAUUUUAGAAUGGUUAAUCGCAAAGGAACUGCAGCUAUCGCGUAAUGCUUUUUGGAAUCAAAACAUUUUGCAAUGGCCGAAUGACACCAGUUCAUUGGGUGAGCGACUGAGCUUAUGUAUGAACAACGAACUAGCAAACCUGCUUGGUUCUUUUGGCCAGUGGAUGUAUUGUAUGAAUCCCUCCACAUGGUUCUUCAACUCAAUUGAGGCCGCUCAUCCACGUACGCACGACACAAAAACCGAGAACUGUUCUACUAGAGCUGUCGACCAACCAAGCAGUUGUAGAAGCCGGGAUUCUCCUCAGAUGGGCCCAUGCGAUAUGACCAUGCAGAAGAUAUGUGCUGCGCGAACGCACGAGUCUGAAACGAUGGGUCAUGAAUUUCCAAAUCACUUGUUAAACUGCUUACCCAAACUGGUUAAUACCUCCAGUUCCGAAGAUUCUCGAGUAUGGCACCAUGACAUCAAAGCUGAUGCUAAGAUGAAAACAGGGAUAAGAUUUUCUUCCAAGCUUUUGAAAGCACCUAAUCGAAAACAUAUGGAUGGCACCCAAUAUGUUGGCAAAAGGCGAAAUUUCGGAUUCCGUAACACCGGUGAGUUUGUCAUCGUGCAUUAG